AGAAGAAAUAUUUGGAGUGCUUAACUGAACAGGGGGACUAAACUCCUUAAUGGGUUUUAUACCGUAACCUUCUUGUUGAUUCAUUCGUUAAACUUCUAUGUCAUAGUUUAAUUUCAUUUUUAUAUUUUAAGUCCAGAAGGAACUCAGUCCGUGGUGGGAUAAUACCUCAUCGGUUCAGCUGUAGAUUCAUUGUGAAACGUUGUUCCCUAUCCUUAUUUUACAAUAUACAGGGAUGUCCACAGUUUUUGUCUUUACUGAAAUCUAGAACCAAGCGAAGCAGACAGGCAAUGGAGACGUUUUUCUCGCCUGUUCACAACCCUCCUCCAUUAGAUGACCUCAAAAUGCGCAAGAACCAUCAACGGCAUGUUUUUCACCAUCACCAGAACACAAACAGGUACAGAAAACUUGAGGACAGUGACCGUAACACAGAUGAUAGCCGGGGGCACCGCCACAAGCACAAUCAGCAUCUCCGGGACAGUCCUCACAACGAUGCCCACUAUCUUCACCGCUUUCAGGACACAGAUGGCAAUGAAAAACAAUACAACCACCGCACUGCUGUACAUCCCCCGAGCGCCUCUUCUUCUUCCCUCUCCUCCAGCUCUUCCUCUAGCUCCUCUUCCUCUUGGUUCACGGAGGCAAGCGCAAAUGAUCCCUUCUCUUUGCGUCACGUUGAGCGGCCACUCCACUCUCUGUCAUGCUCCAACAUUUCAGAUGCGCGCCGGGGAUUCAAAGAGGACAACAGCUGCGGGCCCAUUGUUUUUGCCACCAUAAAGCAUGGCAGAACAGCUAACACCGUUAGAGUGCUGCAGAGCAAAGAGCCUGAUUUUUCUACCCUACAUCGGGGUCAUAGUCGAAGUGAGGAAGGGCUUUUGCAGGGAAAUGAAGGCAGGGAGCAACCUGAGGUACCAUGCGAGGACUUCAGGUCUCUGUACAAGACAUCUAGUUUAAAUAGAAAUCUGGCUUUCAGUGAGGAUGACAUUGUUUUAGGGGUGCCCAAGAGAGCCAUCUCUUCAAUCCAGCUGCCCACCAAAGGGAUCCUCAAAAACAAGGAUCAGAACAGUGACAUUCGGAAGUCAAAGUCAAUGGAAGUUCUGUCACAGAGGGACACACAGGUAAAUGAUCCAAGUGGGCAGAAAGGGAAAGGAGUCACUCAGGCUGAGAUAGAACGGGCCCGUGCAAAUUUUGUGGAGGGAAAAUUGCAGUUUUCUGCCUUUUUGAAUGAGAUUACAAAACAAGUCAUGAGCCCUUCGGAUCUUUCUAUCCUAGGUGUUGGCAGUACCAAACAUAUUAGGAAAAUAUCUGCUCCAGCCCGAACAUCCUUUCCCGUCACGCCUCAGCUACCACCCAAGAAGAACAGACAGGGCACGCGGGUUGAGAUGAAGCAGUCCCCUAAGCAGCCCAGCGGAGAGGUGAAAGCUGACUUCUCCCAUCCUGACAAAUUCACCUUCCAUGCACCUGGGAGCCACAGUGGCAGCCCCCCUUUGGGUCAGCACCCGCACUCUGUCCGUAAAGACAGGAGGCCUUCACCUGCUGGGGGCUCUGUGUUAGGGGACAAAUACAGUAAAAAUGCUCCUUAUCUCACGGAUGGCACUAGCACCAGCCCUGAACCCUGUCGGCCCAAACAGCGGCACCACCGCAGACACCUGCCGGACACCCUCCACAGCCCCGCACAGCAACCCCUCCAGCAGAUACAGUCUGAGAGCCCAGAGCCAAGCAGCAUCCCGCUAUCCUCUGCCCAGGGUGCAGGACCAGGUUUUGGUUCCGAGUCCUCGUCCACAAAGUCGGACUCAUCCCGGGCCAGAGACACGGCCUCUACUUCUGCCAGUCAGAGCUCUGAACAGGGCCAGCGCCACCCACGACGCAUCUCCAACACGCACAGAGACACUCUGUGUGAUGACAGUCAGCUUCAGGCCCUGCAGGAGGAGAAUGCUGAUCUGCACCAAAACUUGCUGCAGACCGUCGUUUGCAUCGAGAGCCUGGAGGCGGAGUUACAGAGAACCAGGGACGAGCUCAGCCACGUUAAAGAGAAGUAUAAAAGCCUUUUGCAGACACACACUGGGACCAAGCAGGCCAAUAAUGUGCUGGGGGAGCACCUCCAUGUGGCGUCGGAAAGCCUGACCAGUGAAAGGAAGUACCUCCUGAACAGAGUUUCCCAGCUCAGCUCAGAACUGGAGGAUGCUCGCAGAACCAUAGCAGCGCUGGAGAAUAUUAAUGUUUCGUGCUUGAUCAAAGACCUGUUGGAGAAGCACUUCGGCUCGGUCGAGGCCAUGCAGAAGUUUCUCGCCUCCUCGGCUUUAAACCGUCCACAGCCAGCAGACUCCCAAUCCCAAUCUCACGAGGAACCCUCAGCGGCAUCUGCCUGGUUGGCUGAAUCAGAGGCGAGCUCACAAAGAGUCACGGCGUUUGUGCCCAUAAAGCAAAGAAAUCAAAAUGAGGGCAGCUUCUCCGACCAGCAAGACUCAGCCUUCUCAGAGGUCGACAUAAGCAGCGCUAAAUUUAGGAAGACGGGUGUGAGUUAUGCUGCCAGACCGCAGCCUGUUUACUCACAAGGCAAACAGAAAGCCUCCCUGUGCACAAACCAUGUGGAACCUGAGACUCAGUCAGCUCAGGGGAGCAGUAACAUUUGGGGGGAAAGGGGAGGCCUGAAGGCAUCACUUUUGAAUGAAGGUGCUGAAGACGUGAGCUCAACUUCAGCUCAGCAGAUCCUGGAUGAUUUCAUGCAACGCCUACAAACACACCGGGCAGCUGGUGGAGGGAAGGAAAUGCAGGGAGGAAAGGAGUAGUUGAGUGGAGCCCAGUGAAACAGACAGUCCACUGAUCUGAUAGCUGUAGCAUGAGGUGACAGAUAGUCAAUAGAGUUCUUUUAAAUGUAGAAAAAACGCAGCUCUCACCACUACAAUAAUACUUAAACAUGGCAAAAUUAGAAAUAUGAGACAGUUAGAUGCAAAAAGAAGCAGUUUCACAUUGAAAUUUCCUGAAUUCAUGUAUUAUUUUGAAUUUAAUGUGUUAUAAUGUGAUGUCUUUAUUAGAUUUUAUGCUCCAAAAAUUAAUAUUAUGAUCAGAAAAUGUUUUAGAUUGAAAAAGUAAAAAUCUGAUCAGUUAAACAAUAAUUAUAUGCAAUUGUAAUUUAUCUAAAUAUAGUUAAUUAAUAGUGUCUGUUAUCCCUUGAUGUGAAUUAAAUAUAUGUCUAAUAGUAGGUGACAUGAAAGAUCUCUAGUUAAUUUAGGAGAAAAAUGUAAAAAGAAAGAAAAGUUUUUUGAAAUAAGCUCAACUCUGAAGGAAGGCCAUUUUUUCAGCAGUUUGUUGAGCCAAACUCACUUUCCAAUCACUGUCUGUGAAUUUUUUUUUCGAUGUCACUUAUUUUGAGGAAAGCAAAACAAGAAUCCUUUAAGGUUGCUUUAUAAAUGCAAACAAAUUUCUUCCAAAGGGGAAAAAAACACAUUAAAAUAAAUUGAAACUUAACUUGUUUUUGUGACGACUGAAAAGGCCACACUCAGCACACAUUUAGACUUUCUCAGUGCAAGCUUAAGAAUCAUUUCUCUAUUCAUCGAACAGAAGUGUAAAUAAUCAAAACUUCUAUAUAUGUGUAUACAUACUUAAAGUGUUAAACCUUUAUGAGGAAGAAAACUGUGUUCUAUUAGCUGUAUAAAAUAAACAAGAACGUCAACAUAAAUGUUAAAAAAUGAAGGUAUAAACUAUAAAAAAAACAUUUUAAAGAUGACUGAAGCAGUUGAAAGAAUGUGUCUUUAGUAGUAAAGCAUUAUUGUGGAGUUUGUAUUUUCAGUCUUAGAUGAUAACUCCUCUGUUAAUUAAAGUAUCUGCUCAAUAAAAACUGUUUAAUUCUGUUCA